AUGUGGACGCUCGCGACUGAACGAAGAGUGCGUCAUCGGUGGUGCCUUGCGAUAGUGGCGCUGUCUUCAGUUGCCUUUAAUCUACCGUACGCGUCGGGUGCCAUCGAACAGGGAACUGUCAUCAGUAAGCCACACAAGGCGAGCACCGCCGACCUAUACCCGCUGACCGUGAUCCACGUGAACGAUUUACAUGCGCGGUACGAGGAAACAAACAGCGUGUCCACGCGCUGUAAACCGGACGAAGGCGAACGGUGUAUCGGGGGCUAUGGACGAGUCGUGGCCCGGGUCAAAUCCCUCCAGCAGAAGUACGCCGACCGGAACCCGAUCUAUCUGAACGCUGGCGAUAGCUUCCAGGGCACGAUCUGGUAUACGCUGCUCCGGUGGAACGUGACGUCACACUUCCUUAACCUGCUGCCGGCGGACGCGAUGACGCUCGGGAAUCACGAGUUCGAUCACGGCAUCGAUGGAGUGGUGCCGUUUCUCGAAACCAUCGCGAGUCCAAUGUUGGUGGCCAACAUCGACGACAGUCUGGAGCCGGCGAUGCAGGGAAAGUACCAGAAAAGUGUGGUGCUAACACGUGGGGGACGCCGGAUCGGUAUUAUCGGAGUGAUUCACCACGCGACCGAUACGCUCAGCAUGACGGAGCGGUUGCAUUUCUUGGAUGAGGUGCCAGCCGUCAACCAGGAGGCUGCCGCAAUGCGCCAGCUCGGGGUGGAUAUUGUUGUAGUCCUGUCGCACUGUGGGCUGGCGAUCGAUCAACAGAUUGCCCGCGAGUGUCCGGAUGUGGACGUGGUAGUUGGUGGUCACUCGCACACGCUACUACACAACAGCAAUGUGACGGAUUGGCCCGAUACACCGGCGGCCAGCUAUCCGAUUGUGGUGAACCAACCGAGCGGCCGACAGGUGCUGAUCGUCCAGGCCGGUUCCUUUGCCAAGUACGUUGGCCACCUGGUGGUGUACUUUGACGAACACGGUGAAGUGGUGCGCUGGGAAGGUGACACCGAGUUUCUGGACGAGUCGCAGCCGAAAGAUGAGGCAAUCGAGCAGGAGAUUCAGACCUGGCGGACGCAGGUCGAAGCGCUAGCCGUGCGACCAGUCGGUUCCACCAGGGUGUUCCUGACGAAACCGGACUGCCGGACGGGAGAGUGCAACUUCGGGAGCUUCGUAGCGGACGCAUUCGUCGAUUACUAUGCGGAGCGGGCGGAGAACGAGCUCGAGUGGACGUACGCGUCGAUCGGGAUCACCAACGAUGGCGGCCUCCGGACGUCGCUCAGUGUCGGCACGCUCACCUACGAGGACCUGGUCAGCGCCAUCCCGUACGAGAACACGAUCGACACCUUCGAGCUGCAGGGCCAGUAUCUGCUCGAGGCCCUCGAGUACAGUGCCAGCCGCUACAAUACGGCCGAUGUGCUACAGUUUUCCGGCCUUCGGGUGGUGUUCAACAUGACACGGCCGGCAUUCCAACGGGUUCAGCGCGUGGACGUGCGGUGCCGCGUUUGCCGCACGCCAAGAUACGAACCUCUGGAUCGGAACGCCCUCUACCGGAUAGCGAUUGCGGCCUGGAUCGGCAGCGGCGGAAACGGAUAUCAGAUGUUUGCCGACCACCGCACGAACGUGCAUGUCGGACCCCUCGACAUCGACGUGUUCGAACGGUACGUCACCAGGAUGUCGCCAAUCAUGCAAGGGACCGACGGACGCAUGCAGUUCGUAACGUAGGCCGCACAAUCUCUCGAAAGCUGCCGCUCUAAUUUUACCUCAAGGCCGAAUGUGGCCGGGAUGUGUCAAGGGUAGCGUUUGUGGUGAUCAAUUUUGUCCAAAUUGGCGCGAGAGCGGAACUUUCUAUUUGUCGUUCGAGCGCCGCAUCGUUAUUUGUUCAAAACCAGAUUGUAAACUAACAAACGCACAACUAGGCAAAUGUUUACCAAUAAAUGGAAAGUUAAAUUUAACAUUUUUUUAUAUCGAAAUCAAGCUUACUCCAAUGUUAAUUCUGUCUUCAGUUCGACUAGAAGGUGUCCCCUUUUUUUGAAUAUCUAAAGCAACUCGAAAAAGGUUAUCAUACUUAUGAACCAAUGCUUAGCCUCUUUCCCUAAUUGAUUUUUAAAACCGAAUCAAACAACAAAUUCGAACGGUUACUAUUAGUUAGUAUUUAGUACAUUUCAGGCAAAAGACUAAUGCCUAGAUGCCUAGAAUGCAAGGGACCUAGAACGUCGGAAGAAAUA